CGCGCAUGCGUAGUUAUACUAACCACCUGUGCACUUUUUGGUCACUUCCGCUAUCAUUUUGCGAGGUGUGCACGCCCUUUGCACCGACAAAGUUUACAAUUUUUAGUUUGUCAAGUCUACAUUUUAUCUUAUCUUAAUCCCCUCGCCAUAUAGAGUUGGCUAGCACUCGAUCACAUCUGCCAACUAUAUCGUCCUGACCGCACGAACCCGCAGUUUGAAGUUGACCGAAACUUGAGCAGCUCGCUUCGCCGGGAGUGUGCGGUUCUUUCUGCGGCGUACACGGUGCUUGGGCCGACUCACUCGCAAAAACUUCCGGGACUCCGGACUUGUGUUUCCAAAAUUGAAGAGACUUGAUCUGAACCAGAAAUCCGACAACUAAGUCAUCAUCAUCAUGGAUCCAGAGCAAGUGGCAGCUGAGAAGGGGCUUCCGGUGGAAACCGUGAGGGAAAUUAUGGGCAACUUCAGCGAUUUUGAUGUAGAUGGCAACGGUUACGUCACGUCCAAGGAGCUGGGGGACGUCUUCCGUGCGGUGGGCAUUGAUCUGCCGGGUCACGAGAUCAGAGAACUCAUCAAGAAGGUUGACAAGGAUAACGACAAAAGACUGGAUUUGGCUGAGUUUUUCAGUUUAUACUGUGAUAUCAAAAACAAAGAUGUCGCUAAGACAUUCCGGAAGGCCAUCUCUAAGAAGGAGGGCAUCUCAGCGUUGGCAGGAACGUCAGACACAUCCGCCGAGGGGACCACUCACUCCGUUGCUGAAGCUGAGAAGGUUGCCUUCGCUAAUUUUAUAAACAACAAGUUGAAACAAGAGGAGGAGUGCAAAGCUUACUUGCCGAUCAACGAAAACAACGACGACAUCUUCAAGAAAAUAAAUGAUGGAAUACUUCUGUGCAAGAUGAUCAACCAUUCCGUAGCGGACACCGUGGAUGAGCGCGCCAUCAACCGAGGCAAGAAGCUGAACAAUGUCUACACCAAGCGCGAGAACCUGACUCUGGCCCUGAACUCGGCCCGCUCCAUCGGCUGCAACAUCGUCAACAUCGGUGCUGGGGAUCUGCUUCACGGGACGCCGCAUUUGGUCCUUGGAUUGCUCUGGCAAAUCAUCCGUGUGGGUCUGUUCGCCAAGAUCGAUCUUCAACAGGUGCCGGGUUUGAUGCGCUUGCUGAGGGAAGGCGAAGACAUCAACACCCUGCUGUCCCUGUCUCCUGAGGAACUGCUGAUCCGAUGGGUCAACUAUCACAUGGAACAAGCUGGAAACCCCCGUCGUAUCAACAACUUUGGCGAAGACAUCAAGGAUUCUGAGGUCUACGUGACGUUGUUGAGGCAGAUUGCGCCGAGAGAGCUGCAGCUGGAUCAUGUUAACCUGAAUGCUGCUCCGCUAGUGAAGGCAGAAGCCAUGUUGGAGAACGCCGACAAAAUGAAAUGCAGGCAGUUCGUGUCAGCACAGGAUGUUGUCAAUGGCAACCAGAAGUUGAACAUGGCUUUCGUAGCCAACCUGUUCAACACCUACCCGGCCCUGGAGCCUCCAGAUGAAGAUUUUGAGGAAAUUGAAGAAACACGAGAAGAGAAAACUUUCAGGAAUUGGAUGAACAGUCUUGGCGUCAGCCCACAUGUCAACCGACUUUUCACCGAUCUCUGUAACGGGCUUGUCCUUCUACAGCUCAUUGAGAUCGUGAAAGGGGACCCGAGCUUCGUCGACCCCAAGCGUGUCAACAAAAUGGACAAGCUGGCUAAGCCCGGCGGCAACAUGAAGAAAGUGGAGAAUUGCAACUACGCGGUGGAGCUCUGCAAGGGCAUGAAGUUCUCCCUGGUCGGCAUCGGUGGAAACGACAUCUACGACGGGAACGAUAAGCUGACGCUCGCGAUUGUCUGGCAGCUGAUGAGGGCGUACACGCUGCGUCUGCUGUCCAAGAUCGGAACCCAGGAUGGCAAGAUCAGCGACAAAAUUGUGGUGGAUGCCGUCAACACAAAGUUGGAGAGCGCUGGCAAGGCUUCCCGCAUUACUAGUUUCCAAGACCCCUGCAUUGCCGAUAGCCGCGUCGUCCUGGAGCUGGUGGAUGCCAUCCGUGACAAAUCUGUCAACUGGGGCAACUACAACGAAUCUGCAAGCUCAGAUGAUGAGAUGCUCGGGAACGCCAAGUACGCCCUGUCCAUGGCGCGCAAGAUCGGCGCGGCCGUUUACGCGCUCCCAGAAGACAUUGUGGAGGUCAAGCCCAAGAUGGUCAUGACGGUGUUCGCGUGCCUCAUUGCUGUAGCCAGGGCGGAGGAGGACAAGUAGGUCAUAGUUCAAAGUUCAAAGGUCACUUAGGAUUAGGGGAAAACAAAAGAUAAUGCUGUCAUUUUUUUACAAAGGAAUUUUGAUAACUGCAGUUAGAUUUCUUAAAAUUCAUGUCAUCUGCAUGGGCCAAUGUUAUUAAUCCUGAGUGUGGAAUUAAAUGCUUUAAUGAGGUGGAAUUGAAGCAUUUUGUGCAUUUAUUUGGAAGCUGAUCAUAAUUUUGGCAUAUAUAUAUACACACAGAUUGGUUGAUUAAGCAAUAAUAUUGUUUAAAAAAAAACUACAUUGAGCAUAAUAGUUUUUCUCUCAUAAUAUCUAGGUAUUGUAAAGUUUGCAAAAAUACAAAAUUUUUGAGUGUGUUGACAAGUUUGCCACUCUGAGAUUUUGUUCUCCUUGAGAUUGAAAAUGACAUAAGUAACAAGUAUUUUUGUUUUUGUGAAGAGGGAACAUGUACAUUACAUAACUUUUUUGCAUUUAUAUUAAUUUUUAAUGAUCGUAAUUUUGUUGCUUUUUGCCGAACCAUUGCAUAAAAGCUCUGAAGUUUCUUAUGCAGACAUAUAGCUUGCUUCAAAACUACAUUCUUUCUUGAUUAAAAAAAAUGCCAUGUCUGUUUCAGAUUGAAUUAAAAAAAUUGUCUGAUUUUUAGGGCCGGUGCGUACUUUACAUGAAUGCGAAUUUAAAUUGAAUUUUAUAUCACAAAUAUACUUGCAAAGCGAUCACGGGAAUUGAAAUGCGCUCAACGUUUGCAAAACUUGCCACAACAUCAGUAUAAUUUGCUUGGCAUCAAGAACAUGCGUGAAGCAGCCUUUAUUGUCAAAGUUGUUAAAAAUGUAAGCAUUUUCCAGAAUACAAUAAAUUUUGUGUUACUGUAGUUUGUGAUUAGCACUUACCAUUUGCUUUCAAAAAAAAAAAUAAUGAAGUUACUUUUCCAAAUGUUAGCGUUGUUUUUGUACUUGAUUGAUACAUUUUGUGGAAAUUUUAAUGAGGUACGUUUAUCUUGAUGAGUAGUUGCUCUAAAUAACAAAGUAUACUAUGGAUCAAAUUUAUGGUAAUUAUUGUUUAUCUGUAGGAUAGUUUGUUGUAAAAUUUGAAUACGUCAAAGUUACUUUCACUAUUUUAAUGAUUUGCUAUUCUGGAGAAUACGUUUUGAAAACAAUUUGUCAUUGAUUAUAUUUAAUACUUGUAUGAAAUAACGCUAUAUUUUGCAAAAGACAUGUUCAUAAUUUGACAUACUUAGAGUUUAGGACCAAUAUCUGCCGUUUAAAAGGAAAAUUUUUACUUUGAAUAUCAAGACAAAAAAAUUCUUUUUGCCAGCUGCAUGAUGCAUUACUGAAUAUGUUGCCUAAUCUAAUACAGGUUGUCCCACAAAAAAACCUUACAGUCGAAAACCAAUUAAUAAAGGUAUAUUGCACAUGGGUUUUGGAAUAUUUUCAAAUUACCUCUUAAAGUCAGAUAACCAAUCUACCAUACAAACUUUAGUUCAUUCAAAUUGAUGCAUUGGAACAAAAGCUAUGCUUUAUCAAACUCAAGGGUUGCAAAUCGUCUUGGGCCACUUUCCUAGGAAGUCAGAAAGUGCAGUUAGAGAAACACACAAAGGAUUUAUUUCCUUUGUUCAAGAGUAACGUGUGACUUAUUCGACUGGCUGCGAUCUGUAAACUUGAUAAAUAAAAACAAGUACCAAGUGGUACAACCAACGGCAGCCGGGUAACGUGUGAAGACGGCUUUAAUGCAGCACCGUACGUGUACCGAAUGGGGCGUGAUCUAAUAUGUAAAAAUAUGCACAUUAGACACAUGCGCAUCAGUGUUUUCAAAAACCGGUCUUUGAAUGCAAAGCUGUAAUACUCGAGUUGCAUGAAUGCAAUAUAUGGCCGGGUAAGCUGUCCACCCACCCACCCAACAACCAACAUAAGCAGCGUUCACACCUGCUGGAAAAAGUGGCCCAAGUGGUUUUUCAAGUCCUGUAUUGUGAUUGCUGUAUCUUUUGAACAAAACAUCCUAAUGAAACCAACGAAAAUGCAUUUGAUUUUGAAUACUACCCCCACUUUUUUGAAAACAUGCCCGAUUCGACUGUUAUGUUUAUUUGUGAGACAACCUGUAUGUUUAAUCUGAAGAGAGGGCAGAUCUACGAUUAUCGUCGGAGCAUUUCUAUGUUUUUCUAUGCCAAUGUGUAAAACGUCUAACCAUUGUGUUUAUUGAUACCUUGCUGAUCGUGUUGACGUAAGCCAACUACAUGUAUUGGUAACUUUGAUUGGAAUUUAAUAGUUGAUGUUCAUUGUGACCAAAAGCCUGUUACAUAUGGACCACAUUCUCUUGAGUUCAGCAGCCUGCCUAGAAAAAUAUCCAUUUUGCCAAAUAACAUUACAAAAACAUUAAUCAUUCCGUUUUGAAAAUCUGCACUACAAGAAUUAAAAAAAACAAUGCCUUUUUUUCAAUAGCAUUCCAUUUCAAUAUUUUUGUGAUACCGUAACAGACUUUUAUAUAUUUGAUACGGAGAACAUUACAUCAAGCCUUGUUAAAUUUCCGACAGAAACUUUUCCUUGACACUAAAUUCUGUCUGUAUGUGUCUUUAAUUUAUUUUCAACAAGAACUUUUCCAACAUGUUUCCGUUUUCACGGCACAUUUUUGGAGUAUCUCUCCAUGUCCAGCCCAGUUCCUAUAAUUCGAUGCUGCUUUCUUUUAUUUUAUAUAUAUAAUGUGUUAAUCAAUUUUUCUAAAGCAAAAUAUGUUCGCAAUCGUUUCAAGUGGGAUUUUUUUUUUAUUCAGAAAUGCAUCUUGUCUUCCAUUUUUUUGGUCUCGUGAUUUAAAGGACUAAAAUAAUGUUCAUGUUUGAAAAAACAAACCUCAGUUCUCUGUUGCUUAUAAUUUUGAGUAGUGAUUUAGUAAGUUUGAUUAUCUUUCGCAUGAUGGAAUAAUUUGAGAUUUGUAAAUGAUUACUUGAGUAGUACUGUGUGAUUGGUUGUAGAAUUUUUUUAAUUUUGUGUCCUACAUUUAUUGGAGCCAAUGAGCACAGAAAUCAACUAAGCAUAGAAGACGGGUUACCAGACCAAGUAUCAUUACAUUUGAAUUGCCUUUGGCUGGUUCUCAUGUGACGUUUGUUAAGCCCAGAAAGCUGCUUAGAAUAAAAAAAAAUUAGCUUAGCAAAAACAAGGUACCAGCCAAAAUGUCAUUACAUUUUAAUUGCCUUUGACUGGUUCCCAUCUGAUUUUUUGCUAAGCACAGAAAUCUGGUAAGCAAAGAAGACAGUUUACCAGACCAAGUGUCAUUACAUUUUAACUGCCUUUGGCCGGUUCCCAUCCGAUUUUUUUGCUAAGCUAAGAAAGCUGCUAAGCAUAAAAAACAUUAGUUUAGUAAAAGCAGGUUACCAACCAAAAUGUCAUUACAGUCGAAUUGCCUUUGGCUGGUUCCCAUCUGAUUUUUACUCGGCACAGAAAUCUGCUAAGCAUAGAAGACGAGUUACCAACCAAAGUGUUAUUACAUUUUAAUUUCCUUUAGCUGGUUCCCAUCUGAUUUGUGCUCAGCAAUGAAAACACUUGCUUAGCCAAGACGGGUUACCAACCAAAAUAUCUUUAAAUUUACAUUACGUAACUGGUUCCCGGCAAUACAUUCUGCUUAGAAGCUUUACAUGUAUAAACAUAAAAUUGGGCCAAGCAGGUUUUGGUUUUCUUUUGAUAUUACUGCUAUAUGUUAUAAUGUUAAGCCGUGCACCUUGCGUAAUAUGCAGACUUCAAAUUUGGUAUGACUAUGAUAAUGAAGAAAACGCCAGUACCAUAAGCUAUUUGUAUAAUUUUGCUAAAAUUCAAAAGCUGUGAAAGUUAGGAUAUUAGAUAUAUAAACUGUUGUAUUUUUCAAUAGGAUUUUAAUAGAAGUGCCUUGGGUUAAUAAUGAAUACCAUUCCGGGAGAAAGUUUUGGUCCAAUAUAUUGCACUUACUAAUUUGAUAUACCAGCCGAUAUACAAUGUACAUGUACUGCUUGAAUUUACAUUGCUUAAUAACUUGUGAUAGAAUGCGUAAGAUAGAGGCUGCGUUGAUAUAAUGCUUUUACUGUACUUAGAUUGCACUUCUCGAUAUUGAGUUACUGGGUUUUAGAGUUACGAGCAAUAUAAACCUAUUAAAGAUACCAUAUUUGCACAUAUUAUUUUCCUGGUUUGCUUUUUAAUCAUCAGCAGGGUGCGACGCAAUAAACUAUUGUGCAGGCA